CGCGAAGGCUGCCGGGACGGGUCUCCCUGGCGAUCAGUGGUGUGCUGUCGCCGCUGCCACCAGCGCGCCGGUACCGCGUAGACUCGUGUCCUUGCUACCUUCCUCGGGCUUCCCGGGGCCUGAUCCCCGGGGCCCUCGGCAGGCGUCGGCCGAACCUGUGCGCGAACCCGCGGCCCUUCACUCGCCCUUCACGACCCGGCAGCGCGACUCGGACAGGGAGCGAGAGGGACUGUGGCGACUCCGCGCCCUGUGUCGCCGGGCGGGGCCGCGGGGCCGGGGCUCCUCCAGCCCCCGGGAUGCGUGCGCGAGCUCUCGCCUCCACUUUCUCUUUACCGCUGUCACGCUUGGAGCCGCCUCUCGCCUACCGCGGAGAGCGCGAGUGCACCGAUCAGCACCCCUGUCGAGCCCCGGCGCCGGGUACCCCCGGGAAUGUGAGCCGCGAGGCUCGCAAGCUCCUCCGGCCAUGGACGAACCGUAUGAUGGUGCUGAGGUAACUGUCCUGAUGGAGGAAAUCGAGGAAGCUUAUUACACUUCCCCUGGGCCACCUAAGAAGAAGAAAAAGUAUAAAAUACAUGGAGAAAAGGCCAAGAAACCCAGGUCUGCUUACCUACUGUACUACUAUGACAUCUACUUGAAAGUGCAGCAGGAGCUCCCCCACCUCCCCCAGUCUGAGAUCAAUAAGAAGAUUAGUGAGAGCUGGAGGCUCCUCAGCGUGGCCGAGAGAAGUUACUACUUGGAGAAAGCCAAACUAGAGAAGGAAGGGUUGGAUCCUAACUCUAAGCUCUCUGCACUGACUGCUGUGGUUCCGGACAUCCCAGGUUUCCGAAAGAUCCUUCCCCGAUCGGAAUACAUCAUCAUUCCCAAGAGCACCCUGCAGGAAGACAGGAGUUGCCCUCAGCUAGAGCUCUGUGUGGCUCAGAACCAGGUGUCCUCUAAAGGGUCUACUCUCAUGUCUAAUGCUUCCCCAGAUGGAGCAGCCAGCCAUGCAGGCAUGGCGGAGCAGUGCCUGGCAGUGGAGGCCCUGGCUGAGGAGGUGGGAACCCUUGCCCAGCCAGGUGCCAUGCAGGAGAUUGCCACCUCAGAGAUCCUCAGCCAUGAUGUGCUCUUGGAGGAGGCGUCCUUGGAGGUAGGAGAGAGCCACCAACCUUACCAGACAAGCCUGGUAAUUGAAGAGACUUUAGUAAAUGGCUCAUCAGACCUCCCCUCUGGAAGCUUAGCCAUGCCACAUUCCCAAGUUGGGGAAAGCUUGUCAGUGGUAACAGUUAUGAGGGACUCCAGUGAGAAUAGCCCCUCUGCUCCAACCACUCAGUUCAUCAUGCUGCCUCUGCCUGCUUACUCGGUUGUGGAGAACCCUUCCUCCAUCAAACUGACUACAACAUACACCCGCCGGGGCCAUGGGACAUGCACGAGCCCAGGUUGUUCUUUUACCUAUGUCACCAGGCACAAACCACCUAAGUGCCCUACUUGUGGUAACUUCCUAGGAGGGAAGUGGAUCCCAAAGGAAAAGCCAGCCAAAGUCAAAGUGGAAUUGGCUUCGGGUGUCUCCUCCAAAGGUUCUGUGAUUAAAAGAAAUCAGCAGUCUGUCACCACUGAGCAAAACCCCUCUAAGGAAAAUGCUUCAAAACUGACUCUGGAGAACUCAGAAGCUGUAAGCCAGCUCUUAACCAUAGCUCCUCCAAGAGAAGGGGGUGAGGACAGUGAGUGGGAGGAAGUGAUUGUCUCCGAUGCUCAUGUUUUGGUCAAGGAAGUUCCUGGGAAUCGUGGCGCAGCGGUAACUAAGAUGCCGGUUGUCAAGAAUGGUGUAAAGGCUGAGGUCUCCCUGGGGACACCUGAGAAUGACAGUGCUGGACCAGACAAACCGCCAUUGGCCGAGGGGACCAGCACCUCCAGUUUACUCCAAGCUCACAAAAAGUCUCCAGGAGUUGACCUGUUCACCACUGGACCGAAAGCCCCAGAGCUCAAAGGCAGAGCCCGAGGCAAGCCCUCCUUACUGGCUGCAGCGAGACCUAUGAGAGCAAUACUGCCAGCCCCAACAAGUAUUGGACGGGGCAGCAGUGUGGGACUGCCCAGGGCCAGUCAGGCUUUCCCCCUGGAUAAGACUCCCUCUGUGAGGACUUGUGGCCUGAAGCCAAGCACGCUGAAACAGCUGGGCCAACCCGUCCAGCAGCCGCCCAGCACUGGUGAAGUAAAGCUAUCCAGUUGCACAAGCAACAGGACUCCUCAGUUGAAAAUCGUAGAGGUCAAGCCUGACAUGUUCCCUCCGUAUAAAUACAGCUGCACCGUCACAUUGGAUUUGGGCCUGGCUACCUCGAGAGGACGGGGAAAGUGCAAAAACCCCUCCUGUAGCUAUGUCUACACCAACCGGCACAAACCUCGGAUCUGUCCCAGCUGUGGUUUUAACCUUGCCAAAGACAGGACUGAGAAAACUACAAAGGCCAUCGAGGCGAGCUCACCACACCCAGAUGUGCCAAGUACCACAGAACCCCUGAACACAACCCAGAGGGAGAUCCAGCGUCAGUCCACGCUGCAGCUGCUGCGUAAAGUCAUGCAGAUUCCUGAGAAUGAGUCAGAGCUGGCUGAGGUCUUUGCCUUGAUUCAUGAACUAAACAGCUCUCGACUUAUCCUGUCCAACGUGAGUGAGGAGACAGUCACCAUCGAGCAGACCUCCUGGUCGAAUUAUUAUGAGUCUCCAUCCACACAGUGCCUUCUCUGUAGCAGCCCAUUGUUCAAAGGGGGACAAAACUCUCUGGCCGGGCCCCAGGAAUGCUGGCUCCUGACAGCUAACCGGCUACAGGUGGUGACUGCCCAGGUGAAGAUGUGUCUGAAUCCUCAUUGUUUGGCUUUGCACAGCUUCAUGGACAUCUACACAGGUCUCUUUAAUGUGGGGAAUAAGUUGCUAGUCAGCCUGGACUUACUUUUCGCAAUCCGGAACCAGAUUAAGUUGGGAGAGGACCCCAGAGUAUCUGUCGGUGUUGUGCUGAAGUCUGUGCAGGAACAAACAGAGAAGACACUGACUUCAGAGGAGCUGAGCCAGCUGCAGGAACUGUUGUGCAAUGGCUAUUGGGCUUUUGAGUGUCUCACUAUUCGAGACUACAAUGACAUGAUCUGUGGAAUCUGUGGUGUGGCCCCCAAAGUGGAAAUGGCUCAGAGGAAUGAAGAGAAUGUGCUGGCCCUGAAGAGUGUGGAGUUUACCUGGCCUGAAUUCUUGGGCUCCAGUGAGGUGAACGUAGAGGACUUUUGGACCACAAUGGAGACAGAAGUGAUUGAGCAGGUUGCAUUCCCUACCAGUAUCCCCAUCACCAAGUUCGAUGCCUCUGUUAUUGCUCCCUUCUUCCCACCACUCAUGAGAGGAGCUGUGGUUGUCAACACUGAGAAAGACAAAAACUUGGAUGUGCAGCCAGUACCUGGCAAUGGCAGUGCCUUGGUGAGACUGCUGCAGGAAGGCUCCUGCAAGCUGGAGGAACUCGGUUCCUAUGGUGGGGAGGAACUGCAGUACCUUCUGGAGCAGUGUGACAUCCCCUUUGGCCCAGAAGACUCGAGGGAUCAGCUCUGCUUCUCCUUAUUGGCCCUCUAUGAAUCUGUACAGAAUGGAGCCAGAGCUAGACCGCCCCCAACUCAUUUCACAGGGGGUAAAAUCUACAAAGUGUGCCCCCAUCAGGUGGUCUGUGGUUCCAAGUAUCUUGUUCGAGGUGAAAGUGCCCGUGACCACGUAGAUCUGCUUGCCUCUUCCCGCCACUGGCCACCUGUCUAUGUGGUAGAUAUGGCCACACCGGUGGCCCUGUGUGCUGACCUCUGCUACCCAGAGCUGACUAGCCAGAUGUGGGGGAAGAACCAGGGCUGUUUCUCUAAUCCUACAGAGCCAGUUGUGAGUGUGUCCUGCCCUGAACUCUUGGACCAGCAUUAUUCUGUGGAUGUGACAGAGGCUGAAAACUCUGUCCAGCAUCCAGUCACUAAGACUGCGACACGGCGUAUUGUCCAUGCAAACACAAAGCCCGAUCCCAGUGACCCUAGUGCUGGCCACCGUUCCUUAUCACUGUGCCCUGAGCUGGCACCCUAUGCCUCUACCACGGACAGCAAACUCAGCAGCGUCCGCCAGCGGCCCAUCGCCUUUGACAAUGCCACCCACUAUUACCUCUACAACCGCCUCAUGGACUUCCUCACCAGCCGAGAGAUUGUCAACAGGCAGAUCCAUGACAUUGUGCAGAGCUGCCAGCCUGGCGAGGUGGUCAUUCGUGACACCCUCUAUCGCCUUGGGGUUGCUCAGAUCAAAACAGAGACCCAGGAGGAUGGAGAGGAAGAAAUAGUAGCCUCGGUGGUUGAAUAAGCCAGGUUUUUAUGUCCAGGGCCUGCAUCAUCUCUCUCAAGCCAUAAUAUGGCCCUUGCCCGAGUUCUAUUGAGGGGUCCUGCAGUCCUCUGUAGGGAGGGCCUCUGACUGCUGGAACUGACCAAAGAGCUUCCAUUUCAUGAGCACAGUGGGGGCCCUCAACCUCUGGGGCCCAGGAGAGGUGCUGGGAAACCUCUCCUUGACCUGAGAGCACGUGGGGGGGUAGAGGGUAUGGUAUUUUAAGCAUCAAAUGCUGAUGGAAAGGCUGGGGCCUGGUUGCCCAGACCCACCACCACCUGGAGUCCUGCACCAGGUGGGGCGGCCAUUGAGCUAAGCUGUUCCGUAGGAAGGAGCUCUGGCUCCUGUCCUGUGGGCUUCCUGGCCUGCCUUUGACUAGAGCCCUUGUUGGCUUAUUCACUCUUGGGGUCUCUUUGGGCCCUUCAUCCUCCCUAAAGGAGGGGUGCAUUCUUUCUUCCUCUAGCUCUCCCUGUUCCCACACCUUGGGGUAGCUGAGGAGAAGGAACAAUUACAGCUCUCUCUAGGACUCUCCUCUGCCCUGGGUUUGGGGGAGGAGAAUCCUUCCUCCUUUCUCUGGCCACUGCUACUGUACCCUACAUCCUCUGGGCCCUCAGACCCUCACCACAGAGGGGAUGUGGCCCAUGGUUGUGACAUAGCUGACAAGCAGUAGGAAAACUCCCUUCUGUGAAGGGGAAGCAGAUUCGGGCCAUAAAAAAACUGCAGCAUGGGCUCAGGUGCCCAUGUAUUUGCUUAGGGCCCAGGAUUGACCGAGUGCUAUUUAAUUUAUUGAGAGGGUGGGAUAGGUGGCAUUCCCUCUCGUUCUUCCCCCAACAAGAAUAAAGUUUAUUAAAUUAUCUGGUUUUGAUGAA